CUCCCGCCCAGCUCCCGCAUCAGGCCGUCCCCGGCCUCAUGAGGACCCCCCGGCCGGGGCGGAGAGCCGGGCGCCGCCCGGACCGCGAUCUGGCCGCGGCCUUAGAGCGUUAGCCAGGAUGCGGCUGGGCCGCCGGGCCCUCUAUGCGCUAGUUCUGCUGCUCGCCUGCGCCUCGCUGGUGCUCCUGUACGCCAGAACUCGAGACGCGCCCAGGCUCCCGAACCCUCUGGCGUUGUGGUCGCCCCCACAAGGUCCCCCAAAGCUCGAUCUGCUAGACCUUGCCCCUGAGCCCCGCUACGCACACAUCCCGGUCAGGAUCAAGGAGCAAGUAGUGGGGCUGCUGACUCAGAAUAACUGCAGUUGUGGAUCCAGGGGAGGGAGCUUUGCCUUCCCGUUCCAGAGACAGGCUCGAGUCAUUGACCUCACUAAAGCCUUUGACGCUGAGGAGCUGAAGGCUGUUUCUGUCGCCAGGGAGCAGGAAUACCAGGCCUUCCUUGCAAGAAGCCAGUCCCUGACUGACCAGAUACUCAUAGCCCCAGCCAACUCCCCCUUACAGUAUCCCCUGCAGGGUGUGGAGGUUCAGCCUCUCAGGAGCAUCCUGGUGCCAGGGCUAAGUCUGCAGGAAGCUGCUGCCCAGGAGGUGUAUCAGGUGAACCUGAUUGCUUCCCUAGGCACCUGGGAUGUGGCAGGGGACGUGGAAGGCGUGACUCUCACUGGAGAGGGACAGCCGAAUCUCACCCUUACCAGCCCAGGCCUGGAUAGACUCAACCGGCAGCUACAACUGGUCACUUACAGCAGUCGAAGCUACCAGGCCAACACAGCAGACACAGUCCGGUUCUCCACCAAGGGACACGAAGCUGCCUUCACCAUCCGCAUAAGAUAUCCUCCCCAACCCCGGCUGUACCCACCUUCAUCUGUACCCCAGGGAGCUCAGUACAACAUCAGUGCUCUGGUUACCAUCGCCACUAAGACCUUUCUUCGUUAUGAGCGUCUACGGACACUCAUUGCCAGCAUCCGACGCUUUUACCCCACCGUUACCAUAAUCAUCGCUGACGACAGCGACAAACCGGAGCGCAUUAGCGACCCCCACGUGGAGCACUAUUUCAUGCCCUUCGGCAAGGGCUGGUUCGCAGGUCGGAACCUGGCGGUGUCCCAAGUAACCACCAAAUACGUGCUGUGGGUGGACGACGACUUUGUCUUCACAGCGCGCACGCGGCUGGAGAAGCUUGUGGACGUGCUGGAGAGAACGCCCCUGGACCUGGUUGGGGGCGCCGUGCGGGAGAUCUCGGGUUUCUCUACCACCUACCGGCAGCUGCUGAGUGUGGAGCCGGGCGCCCCAGGCCUUGGGGACUGCCUUCGGCAUAAACGUGGUUUCCACCACGAGCUCGUUGGCUUCCCAAACUGCGUGGUCACCGACGGCGUGGUCAACUUCUUCCUAGCGCGCACAGACAAAGUGCGCGAGGUGGGCUUUGACCCGCGCCUCAACCGGGUGGCACAUCUGGAAUUCUUCCUGGACGGACUUGGUUCCCUUCGUGUUGGCUCCUGCUCUGAUAUUGUUGUGGAUCAUGCCUCGAAGGUGAAACUACCGUGGGUGUCAAAGGAUGCGCAGGCAGACACUUACGCCCGCUACCGGUACCCGGGAUCGCUGGACCAGAGUCAGGUGGCCAAACAUCGUCUGCUCUUCUUCAAGCACAGGCUACAGUGCAUGACCGCUGAGUGACAGCUGACUGGGUCCUCCCACUGUCAGGCUGGGCCUGCCUCCUGGUCCCUUCCAGGAAUUCCCAACAACCCCUCCAACUCCUGACCCCUGAACCCCUGUCCAUCAACCUGAUCCCUAAUAGGGGCUUGUCCUGGUGACAACCCUUCCUUUCUGUGAGUGACCAGAGGCCUGAUGGAGCCAUAACCUUCCCCACAGCCAGUGCCAAGUCCUCCCCCCAACCCCAUUCCUAUGGGGCAGGAAAUGGGGGGAUUCACUUUCCAAGUGCCAAAGAGCCCAGAAGGACUCUAAGACCCUCAAGUGGAAACAACUCUCGCCUCCUGAGGGGGCAGGGAAACUCCCAAUGUGCAACCCCAGGG